CGUUAAAGCCCGACUCGUAGCCGCAAGAGUGACUCUGGCCGGAGAAAGGGGCUAUUUUUUGGGUGCUGUAUGUUUCAUAGCUGAUCCUUGAAGUAGCACAACCAUGGGCGUGGAAGUGGAGACAAUAUCCCCCGGUGAUGGAAGAACAUUUCCAAAGAAAGGCCAGACAUGCGUGGUUCAUUACAUAGGUAUGCUGCAGAAUGGGAAAAAGUUUGACUCUUCUCGAGACAGGAACAAGCCCUUUAAGUUCAAGAUCGGACGAAUGGAGGUCAUUAAAGGCUGGGAGGAAGGAGUGGUACAGAUGAGCUUGGGCCAGAGGGCUAAAAUCACCUGCACACCAGACAUGGCUUACGGAGCGACAGGCCACCCCGGAGUCAUACCACCAAACGCCACGCUUAUUUUCGACGUGGAACUGCUGAAACUGGAGUGAUGCCUUGGCGCUAAAACACCAAGUUUAAAGGUUAAUGAGGCUGCAUUCGCCACCACCUGUUCCCACAGGGAGACCAUACCUGGCUGCUGCCUCCUACCACCAUCCACCUGCUCUUCUUCUUCAUAUUUUUGAUUUCUACAGUCUUCAGUUCAAUAUUUAAACUCCUGCUGCUUUGUCACCAUCAUGUCAUAAUAGAUACAAAUUUUCACAUCAUGCAAGACUUUUACACACAACAUUUUGGUUCCUGUUUCUUAGAGAUGCUUAUUUUGUUGAAUUUAAUGUUGUACAUUUUGUUGAACCAAGAGGAAAUUUGCCACCUGAAGAAAAGCCGUACUACAUUGCAAUCCAAACAUAAUACUGCCUUACAGUUUGAACAACCGAGGAAGGGUACAUGUGUCGAAAGUACAAUGCCUCUGCUCUGUAUAUUAUCUGGGCAUUAUAUACCACUGUCUGCAUUGCCACUUUGAUAAAGGCUUGUCCUGCUGAAUGCUCUGAAUGAUGUUGCUAUGUUUAGUAUAUUUUAUAACCCUCAUGAACAUUUACUGCGAGUGUACCCUGUCAAAUUGAAUCCAAUACUGUACAGAACUCGAUCAGAGCCAUCGCUACUAUGACAGUUUAUUGACCAACUCUUGAAUAAAAAUGGCAUGUACUGUGUUGAAA